UGCAUCAUUAUCCUGCUGGUCAUCGUGGUGCUGUUCGCUGCUCUGAAGAGGCAACGAAAGAAGGAGCCUUUGAUCCUGUCUAAAGAAGACAUCAGAGACAACAUUGUGAGUUAUAACGAUGAAGGCGGUGGAGAGGAAGACACCCAAGCCUUUGAUAUUGGCACACUGAGGAAUCCUGCAGCUAUCGAAGAUAAGAAGCUUCGACGAGAUAUUAUCCCCGAAACGUUAUUUGUACCGCGGAGGACUCCUUCAGCACCAGACAACACAGAUGUCCGAGAUUUCAUUAACCAAAGGCUAAAAGAGCAUGACACUGACCCUUCUGCGCCACCGUAUGACUCGCUCGCAACCUACGCCUACGAAGGAAACGAUUCUAUAGCUGAAUCCUUGAGCUCACUGGAGUCGGGUACCACUGAAGGAGACCAAAACUAUGAUUACCUCCGAGAGUGGGGCCCUCGGUUCAAUAAGCUCGCUGAAAUGUAUGGUGGAGGAGAAAGUGACAAAGACGCUUCUUAACCCGCAGUAGGCUACAUUUGGGUUCGUUUGACACCGUCUGCACUCAACGGUAUUUAACAUUCAGGAGAAUUUUCCUGCCACUCAGCACAAUGGUUUCCUUUUAAAAUUUGUUUCCAGUUUGUCCAUUAAUGUCAUUCAUUCUUUCUAGUAGGAUGCUCACAUGGAAUAUAUACAGCAUUUUAUUUAAUCACCUUCCAGGAGCCAAAGCUAUGGAAAUUCAGUGUUGUCCAUUUUAGUAAGUAAAACAAACAGUACCUUACCUUCAGAAAUUUGAACAGGGUGAUACUCCCUUUAAGCAACCUCAUGUACAAGCCGCUUUUGUUAGGUACAUGUCCUGCCCUUGCAAGUGCCGCUUUUAAGAAGGCAAAGAAGAAAAAAUCCAGUAUGUCCUGUUCUGUACAUGAAAAUUCAAACAAAAUGUACACGUGGUGUUAAUAAGUGUAAUACGCAGCUGGUUUAAAAAAAAAAAAAAAGUUUGUGCAACUUCAUUUCAUCAAAAUCUAUCUGCCAAUGUUUUAUAUUUAUAUUUUUGUAUUUAUUUUUAAGAAAUAAACCAGUUUUUACAACUA